AUGAGAAACAAAACAAAAGAGAUUACGACAGCGACUAUGCCAACCAAAAAGCAAAUGUAUCUACAACAGAAUAUGACCAAGGAAAGUCCAAUUCUCACUGAAGCAAGAAAGAUCAUCUCUGCAAUUCAUACAGGGAACAGCAACAUUGACAUAGCUGUAUUGGAAAAUGGAGACUUGGCCAUAGCCCAAGGUGAGGAUGGCAUACUUCUACUUCAACAGAAUACACAGAGACAGAGAGACAUUCGAAUCUCUGCUAAGUGUUCUAACAUUAUAACGGGUGAUGGUACGAAUAUCACUGCACUCGAUAUUGACAACCACACCAUAAGGAUGUUUGAUAAAGAUGGCAAAUCCAGAGAGAAUAUUGUAUUUAAACAGUCUGUACAUUGUAUAGCCUCAACCAAAGAUAACACCAUAGUUAUCAUUCAUAAUGGUCAAAAAGCUGAAGUGACAUACAUAACCUAUAUUGACUUUGAAAAUUGUGAAGCUCUCCUGACCAUACCUCUAAAAAUCAACAGCAUCAUACCCCACAUCGCAAUUAAUUCUAAAAACACUGUGAUAGUCCCAUAUGAUGAUAACAACCUAGUUGGAAUCAACCUGGAUAUUCAAGAUGUUGUAUUCACAUAUGACCAGAGGGCACAAGGUGGUAGAGAGUUAAAGGAAUAUUCCUUGCCAAACCAUCUCUCUCCUCAUGUGGUAGCUAUAACCAUAUAUAUGCUUGUCAUGUUUAGCAAAACACGCAAAAAUGUUUUGAUAUGGUCAAAUUUGAUCACUUAGAAAUGUGAUGCUCAAUUCCAGUAAGCUGCCAUCUUUUAAAAUUUCACACAGGAAGUGAUGUCAUCGACUCUCAACUUUGCAUAUAGCAUUAGGUGAGGAGCUAUUAAGAAUUACAAAACCAGCUAAAUAUUCUUUUUCAACUUUGUAUCUUAUUUAAUCCUUCUGAAAAUCUCUUCUUUUAUUCUAAGUUGACAAGCCCUGAAAAUAUUUUUGCACAGAAAGUAAUGAUCACUUGUCUAGAAGUGAUUUUGUGCUAUUUUCCUAUACUGUUUUGGGCAAGGUUAUAGAAGUUGAGAGUUGAUGACAUCACUUCCUGCAAGAAAUCUUAAAAGAUGGCAGCUCACUGGAAAUAAGCACUAGAUUUUUAAAUGAUCAAUAUUGACCAUAUUAAAACAUUUUCCCAUGUUUUGCUAAAUAUGGAAACUAUAUAUAUGAUUAUAGCUACCAUAUCAAGAGAGAAAGGGUCUGGCAAGGAAUAUUCCUUUAAGAGGAGUAAGUAGUCUAUGUGUUGACCACAGGGACUACAUAUUUGUAGCAUGUUCAGGGAAUCACUCCUGAUGGCAAUUUCUUCAAACAAUUUAUCUCUGCAUAUGAUGGUAUUGUUUACCCCCAGUCUAUAGCAGUUUACAGAGCAGGACUUCUCCUGGUUGGCACAUGGGG